AUGGCGAGCUCGACGACCGAUGUGCCUCCAAAGAAAAAGCCAGUCGCCAUCAUUACCAUUGGCAUGGCUGGUGCAGGCAAGUCGACUUUUGUCCAGCGAAUAAAUUCGUAUCUACAUUCGCAAGAUCCUCCGUCGCCGCCAUAUAUCCUCAAUCUCGACCCUGCUGUGACCCAUGUGCCGUUCGAAGCCAACAUUGACAUCCGGGAUACCGUGAACUAUCAAGAAGUCAUGAAGCAGUACAACUUGGGCCCCAAUGGAGGCAUCUUGACCGCGCUCAAUCUUUUUACGACAAAGUUUGAUCAGGUGCUGGAGCUCGUUGAAAAGAGAGCAGAGACCGUUGACUAUGUUAUUCUUGAUACUCCAGGGCAAAUUGAGAUCUUUACGUGGUCUGCCUCUGGCGCCAUAAUUACUGAUGCUGUGGCGUCUUCAUUACCCACAGUCGUCGCAUAUAUUAUCGAUACUCCUCGGACAACGGCUCCCGCCACGUUCAUGUCUAAUAUGCUCUAUGCCUGCAGCAUCUUGUACAAGACCAAACUUCCAUUCAUCCUGGUGUUCAACAAGAUUGAUGUCGAACCGCACGACUUUGCGAUCAAUUGGAUGCAUGAUUUUGAGGCCUUCCAAGAGGCUUUAGCAACUCAUGGUGGAGCCCGAGAUUCUGAAGGCGAGCCAACGUACAUGAAUAGCCUCAUGAACAGCAUGAGUCUUGUACUAGAUGAGUUCUAUAGGAAUCUUAAAGCAAUUGGCGUUUCUAGUGUGACUGGGCAGGGCAUCAAAGAAUUUUUUGAUGCAGUAGAGGCGUCUCGGAAGGAAUAUGAAGAGGAGUAUCUACCGGAACUGGAGCGCGCAAGGGCUGCUCGGGAACAGAAACUUCAAGCUGCCAAAGACGAUUCGAUGAAUCGAUUGAUGAAAGAUCUCGAACUUGACCGACAGCGCAACCCAAAUGCGGCCCUGCAAGACCGCUGGGACCCCAAUGAAGAUGACGACGAAGAUGACGAUACAGACGUGAAUAUUAUCGAUCAAAGUGACGAUCCGUGGCCCGGGCAGUAUAUCGAUAUGACGCGUGCUAGAAGGCAUGACGACCAAGGCUUUACUUGGCCAAGGCCCGGAUGA